GAUAGAUAUAGAAGAGAGAAAAAGAAGUUUGAAGAAGUUAAAGAAGUUAAAGAAAUGAAAGAAAGAUAGUGAAGAAUAGGCUUAAAUAUCGUUUCUCCAUUUUGUAGAUAAGAAAGUUUUAAAUAAUGUAAGAAAGCUUUUAUUAUUGUUUAAUAAAUAUAACCUUUUUUUUUGUAGUAAAACACAGUUCAGCUUAUUUACCCAUUAAAUUCUAUAAAGAAUAGACGAACAUUAUAAAACAACAUUCUGCUGAUUGAAACAUUCAUGAACAAUGAGCGAUUUUGAAACAGUGUUCAAUAACACUCUACGUUUUGAAUUCGUGCUAAAGGAGGCUCCUCAGAAUUCAAAAGAGAAUAUUUAUGCCAUAACCUCUAUCCAGACGGUAAAUGGGGAGACUUAUGCUAUCCCAGAAGAAUAUCAAGAUGCACCAAUUCACACAGAUGUUUUACAAACAGAAGCUUUUCAAAGAGUAAUAUCCACUCUGAAAUUUAGAAACCAAUCUACGAAAGUUUUGAUAACGCUAGAUGAAAACAUGAGAAAAACGUAUAUAGAUGACGAAGGAAAUAUGCAAUUCGGUGACUAUUAUUUAGAAGAAAUUACGAGUAAGUCACAACCUAAAUGUAAUAUAACAGAUUAUAAUUUAUCAAGGAUGUGGGAAGCUGUCUCUAAAAUAAGCAAUGAAUAUAACCCACAAAGAAAGCGAAAUAAUUUAAAGGAUGUAGCCGAAAGAUUUUUAAUUGAAAAGUUUACAGGCAAGAAUGUUAACGGAAUUCAGUGGUUAAAUAGAUUCGAAAAAGAAUGCAGUCGUUUAGACAUAAAUGAAGAUGAAGAGAAAAUUGAAAUUUUUAGACUAUUUUUGGAAGGUUCGUGUUUAGAUUGGUACAGUUGUAUGCUUAUAGAACAUUCAAUAAAAUCGCGAUGGGAAAUUUGGAAGAAUAGUUUCUGCACGAUUUAUGCAGACGUAGGUUGGCCUUCGGUAAGGUAUGCGUUUCGAUAUAAAUAUAUAAACGGAUCAUUUAUAGAUUACGCAUUCAAGAAAGAAAAAAUGUUAUUGGAUAUAAAUGAAUCAAUUGAUACAUGCACUCUGAUUGAUCUUAUUGCGUUAGGAUUACCAGACUUUGUAAUAAACAAAAUCGACAGAGAAGAAUUAAAAACUACCACAAAUCUGAUCCGUAGAUUAAGAAGCCUACAAUAUAUGGAAAAAAAGAAAAAUACAAAAAACAAGACUGCUAAUAAAGACGCCAAAGAGGAUUCAGAAAAAAAACAACAAAAGAGACCAUGUCAAAUUUGUGAAAAAAAAGGGAAAAUGAAUCGCUUUCAUCCGGAAUCUUUAUGCUGGUUUAAAUAAAAUGAAAACAACAGUAACGAAAAAGAACAAAUCAAGAGGACAAAUGAAAUAUCGAUUGAUGCCACAUGUAGUAUCCGCACAAGAGCCAUUCAAGAUUAUAUCAAUUGAUAUAAUUGGAGGAUUUGGCGGAUCCAGAUCAACGAAAAAAUAUCUAUACCUUUUAAUGGAUCAUUUUACUAGAUAUGCGUAUAUUUUAACAUCCAAGUCACAAAAUGCGAAAGAUUUUAUAAAGCUAGUUAUGAAGUUAAUUCAUCAUUUUCUAAUGGCCUAAAUGAGAGACUAAAGUUUAGUUUAGUCAACAAAAUAAGAUGCAAAAUCAAUGAGAAAAAAAACCUAUCAUGGACAACGAUAGCGCAGGAAUGCACAAGAAGAUACAAUGAAACGGAACAUACAAUAACAGGUUUUGCAUUAAUAUAUUUAAUGCAAGGGAAAAACGUAACGAUUUUACCUGAUGAACUCCAUCAAGAAAUAAAAAACAACUUAUACCAAGUAAAUUGUGUUAAAACAGUUGAAUUGUCUACUUUGUAGUAAGACACAGUUUAGCUUAUUUACCCAUUAAAUUCUAUAAAGAAUAGACGCGCGCCCGCGCGCGAAGAUUAUAUAUAUAUAUAAAAGAAAUACAAAGACCAAUAGAAAUUCUCGAAUUAACCUAACUUCCAAUGAGGACUCGAGAAAAAAUUUAAAAAAAGAAAAUAGAAUAAAAAAAAAAGUAAGAAAUGAUGAAAGGAGGAUGACUAUGGU